AUGAAGCAAUGGCAAGGUUACCUUCACUUUCUGUGGCAUCAAUUCACUUCCGGAUCCGUAUUCCGGUUCAACAAGCAUCAUGCAAAUACACUGGCCCGUCUAUCAUCUCUCCGAACACUGAAAGAACAACACGACUCGCGCGUCUAUGUCCAUGAGAGCACCAGCAAAGGCAGCGAAGAUGACAGAGAAAGCGAUGAUGUUUGGGGCUUCAAAGAUACUUCAUAUCGCGCCAAUGCCGACGGGACGGUGGAAGUGACGGGAUCCCGGUAUCUCCUUAGCGGUUGCAAGCUGCCGUCGCUUUUGCCUUGGGCCAGCGAUGUGCUUGGAGUUGAGGUACCUCGCCAACCAAUGCUGAAGAGUUUGGAAGUUCCCAUACCUGAGCCGCAACAUGUCAAUGGCGAGUUCCUGGAUUCGCUGAGACAGGUGGUGCUGCUUCGAGAAGAUCAGAUGAGUCGUGAGGCCAAAGACCGGAGGAGACACGGGCAUGGCCAUACCCAAGAGGAGAUGUAUGCCAUCAAAUACGGCCCAGGCCUUGCUCGUGUGCCCGAUGUCGUUGUCUAUCCGGAGUCGGAAACUCAGGUGAUGGGUAUUGUGGAGGCAGCUCGACAGACGGGAGUCUGUCUGAUUCCUUACGGAGGCGGAACAAACGUGAGCGCCGCUCUAAAAUGUCCAUCAAAGGAGAAUGGCGAGACUCGCAUGAUCGUCUCUGUUGACAUGCGACGAAUGAACAAAAUCAUAUGGAUCGAUCCCGUCAACCGACUCGCGGAAAUUGAAGCAGGGGCAGUAGGGAGCAACAUUAUGGAGGCCCUGGAAGAGAGAGGAUUCACCCUGGGCCAUGAGCCGGACAGCUGCGAGUUCUCGACCUUGGGAGGCUGGAUUGCGACAAAUGCCAGCGGGAUGAAAAAAAAUCGGUACGGAAACAUUGAAGAUGUCGUGCUUGAUAUGCGCGUUGUCAUGCCCUCGGGGGCUGUCAUGACGAAGGGCAGCACCAGCGUUCAUCCUCGGGAAUCCACUGGCAGCAAUCCCCUUCGAUACACAUUUGGCUCAGAGGGUACCCUGGGAAUUGUCGUCUCUGCUGUAGUGAAGCUGUGCCCGCUUCCGGAGGCCACAGAGUAUGCUGCUGUCUUGUUUCCCACAUGGGAAGAUGGAGUUCAAUUCAUGUAUGAGCUUCGACACUCCAAUUGCCAGCCCGCCAGCGUUCGACUGGUGGAUAACGAGCAGUUCCGGAUGAGUCAGGCACUUAAACCAGCUCCGUCAUCGAGCUUCCUAGGAAACACGCUUGCUGGCCUCAAGCGUAAGCUUGAGCACCUGUACAUACUCCAGAUCAAAGGGUUUGGUCCGCGAGAGGUGGUAGCUUGUACCAUGGUGUUUGAGGGCACCAAGUCGGAAGUCAAUAUUCAGGAACAUGUCGUCAAGCGUCUGGUGAAAAAACACGGUGGUGUCAAUGCCGGUGCAGAGAACGGCAGACGGGGCUAUCAGAUGAGGUACAACAUUGCCUAUAUCCGCGACUUUGCCAUUCAGCAUUAUGUCUUGGCCGAAUCAUUCGAAACAAGCGUCCCCUGGUCACAAGUCCUGGAUCUGUGUGACCGUGUUAAGGCCCGUCUGAGAAGAGAACACGAAGAGAGGCGACUUCAAGGGAAGCCAUUAGUGACGUGCCGAGUGACGCAGUUAUACGAGACGGGAGUCGCGGUAUAUUUCUACUUCGGAUACUACUUUGAAGGGGUUUCUGAGCCGGAAAAGGUCUACGCUGAGAUGGAAGAGGCCGCAAGGGAGGAGGUUUUGCUGGCUGGGGGUUCACUUUCACAUCAUCACGGGGUUGGGAAGCUGAGAAACAAGUUUUUGGGUAGUGCUUGGUCGGAAGCGGCCUUGGAGUGGCGAGACGAUGUGAAGAGGGCUCUGGAUCCGCAGAAUGUGUUUGGGUGUGGGAACCUGGUAAAGCCCGGCAAUUCUCAUCAUUGA